AUGAAUCGGAAUUUAGUUCAUCCCACCUCAAUCACAUCCCCGCGAAGGGAGGAUGUACCGUCUCGCGAAACAUCCUCGGUAUACUCUUCGCCCAUUUCUACCUCGUCUCAGGGAGGCCUUUCCCCUAUUGGUCUGGGGAUUACCCACUGCGAAAUCGAGAAUGCAUUCGGUCAACUGAGGGUCUUCCCUCCCGCGCCUACACUACCAUCGCAACUAGUUCCUGGAGCGCCAACUCCCACUUUCGCCGUAUCCUAUGACGAGUAUUCCGGCGGAGCAUGCUACCCACCAGUUUACAAUGGCCUCGUCAACAGUGCUUCGGAGACUUCACUGGGGUUCUACAGCCCCACGACGAUGAGCGCAUCCCCCAGUUACAAUUCCGCCAUGGAUGUUGUCCCUGGCCAGAACGUCUUCCCGAGCCAGAUGACCGACAUGUGGAUGCAGACGCCUUGCUCGGGACCGACAACGCCAUCGGAUGUUCCACCGGGCACUGUGACGAACGGCGCCGCAGGACAAUGGGGCCAGAGUGUGUUUCCAGAUGCGUGCAUGCCCUCCACGAUGCCCCUAUUGUCAGUCAACGAUGUUUCCUACCUUGGGCCGAUGGGAGAGGAGAUUGGAUACGACGGAUCCCCCGGACAGAGCAUGAACACUGGACAAGUCAUGUCUCAACCUCUAGCGCUUGAAGGGACCGAUGGUGCCACGAACCCGAGCGGAAGAGAACGCGGCUCAUCAAAUGACAGGCUAGUAUCUGCCAGUGGCCUGGAAUGUCCGAUUUGCGGUUUCAAAUUCACCCGACGCUCCAACUGCAAGGAGCACCAAAAGAUGCACAACCCUGAAUGGAAGAACAACCAUCCGUGCGAGAUCUGCCACAAGUCGUUCGGGCGAAGCUCUGAUCUCAAAAGACACAUGAACACCGUUCAUCACGGGCUACGGAAGUACAGCUGUGAUCUUUGCGACCGGCGUUUCAGUCGCCAUGACAGUCUGGUUAGACAUGAUUGCGUAGAGAAGCACCGCACCGCUGGCACGUCUACCGGCCAGGCUGAGUCUUCGCUCAUGCCCAGGCCGCGCCAGCGAGCAUCGAACCACCGCCGCUCCGCUAGUUAA